GAGCGUAGAUAAAAAUUAAAUUCCUCAUGUGCGUGUGUAGGUAGAAUAGGUUCAAUCUAAAUUUUAUAAGUAAUUUGUAUAAUAAAGAAAGAUUUAACUUUGUUGGUGCGUUAUUCUAUAUAUUUUUUGACAUCAAAGGAUUGCGAAGAAAUACAAUCUGCAACAAAUUCCACCCAAGAUUACUGAGUUCACCUGAAUACAGAUCUGCGUCUAUCGCAAUAUGGCCGUCCUGUAAUGAUUCGGUGGUCAGUGAUAUUAUUGUGAUUUCAUCUCCUACGAACAAUCAACAUGGAACUGCGAGUCGGUAACAAAUACCGACUGGGUCGUAAGAUCGGUUCGGGGUCUUUUGGAGAUAUAUACCUUGGCACCAAUAUUGUAACUAGAGAAGAGGUAGCUAUCAAAUUAGAAUGCAUCAAGACAAGGCAUCCACAACUACACAUAGAAAGCAAAUUUUACAAACUAAUGCAAGGAGGAAUUGGUAUUCCUGCUAUCAAAUGGUGUGGUUCAGAAGGAGACUACAAUGUAAUGGUAAUGGAGCUGCUAGGCCCAUCCUUAGAAGACUUGUUUAACUUCUGCUCUCGCCGGUUCUCCCUCAAGACUGUUCUCCUCUUAGCUGAUCAGCUGAUUACCCGUAUUGAAGACAUACAUUACAGGAAUUUCAUCCAUAGAGAUAUCAAACCAGAUAACUUUUUGAUGGGAUUAGGUAAAAAAGGGAAUUUAGUGUAUAUAAUAGAUUUCGGCUUAGCAAAGAAGUACAAAGACCCACGCACUCUGCAGCAUAUUCCAUACAGAGAAAACAAGAACUUAACAGGUACCGCGAGGUAUGCAUCCAUCAACACUCACCUGGGCAUCGAGCAGUCGCGCCGCGACGACCUGGAGUCACUGGGCUACGUGCUCAUGUACUUCAACCGCGGCAGUCUGCCCUGGCAGGGGCUCAAGGCCGCCACCAAGCGCCAGAAGUAUGAGAGAAUAUCCGAGAAGAAACUGUCCACACCCUUUGACGAGCUAUGUAAAAACCACCCGAUCGAGUUCCAGCUAUACCUGAAGUACUGUCGGCGGCUGCGCUUUGAGGAGCGGCCCGACUACAGCCACCUGCGGCAGCUGUUCCGCACGCUGUUCCACCGGCAGGGCUUCACCUACGACUAUGUGUUCGACUGGAAUAUGCUCAAGUUCGGGGGCCAACGCGGCAACUACCAGGCUGCAGCCAAUGACCGCACGCUUCGCCGUCAUGAACCAAAUCAAGAACAAGAAACAACGGCGGGCGCGGCGGGGCAGCCCAGCACGACGGUGGCGGCCGUGUCCGAGUGGCGGUGA